UUGUAAAGUGGCGGUUCUGUUUACUUUUUAAAUUGUGCAUAUACAGUAUGUAGGUACGGCAGCACGGGGUAUUUAGUCAGCGGUGCACAUGUGGGCACGUUCUACAAGUGAUUAAUGUCAGUUUUCCAAAUUUCAAACGUGCAACGUGUUAUGGUAACCAGACGGAAACGUGACCAUGGAUGACAGGAACACACGACAGUGUAUUUUUGUAAUGGUGGGAUAAUUACUGGUGUAUCAAAGUUAUAUCAGCGUACGCACACCGCACGCUGUAUGUGUGUGUUGACAGUUUCUGGACUAGGAAAGCACCGUGAAUCUGAGAAUACUGGAGUAAAGAAAAUGGCUAUCAUUGCAUAAAAAGUACAACCUGUGUUGAUUCGCGGCUUAGUACCGUAAACACAUGAAAGGAAACACGGGCUUAUAUGUGUUCUAACGAUGUUACGUGUUAUAACGUUGGUCCAUCCUGCGUGGUGACAACACAUUUCCUCAGCGAAUUGACAGUUGACAGUAUGUGAGAGUAACCUUUUACGACUACUUCUAUACGAUUGAUGAAGCGACGUAGUUAAUCAAUAAUACAGAGAAAAUUAGGCUGAUGCUUCCUUAUGCCUUCCAUUAUGUGGUACCUGUGACGGUAUACUUAACCUGUGUGAUAUGUGUAGACAUUGUGCGAGCUGAUAGGAUUACUGAUGGAAGUCACACGCCUGAUUUGGCAAACCUCUCGACAAUUCAAAAUCGUUCGGACCUCAUUAUUACAAGGGAAACUCCUAGUUCUAAUACAGUGUCUCUUAAUGAAACCGGCGAAUGGUUAGAUGGAUAUCAAACAGAGUCUAAGAAGAAAUCGAACCUCAACCUGGCAUUUUUGCCGGGAUUGGCAAUUCUCUUUCUGUUCAUAUUUGUGUUUUUCCGUGCCUGUAAAUGGUACAGAGAUAGUUCAAAGAUCAAAGAAAGAGGUUGCAGCUAUGACGUAGCUAGCUAUGUCAUCUUAGUUCAAGGAGAUAAGCAUUUCAACGACGUAGAUGUUGGUGAUAAUUACGACACAGUGAACUCGUAUAAUUCCUAUUUACGGUCUGGCGCUUAUGAAACGAUCACGUCAUCCAAAUCUCUACAAUAUCGCAUGGAUUCUCAAAUGUACGAAACCGUCACAUCCUAUUCAAACUACUUACAGAAAAUUGAAAAGGAAAAUAAUCUUGAAAUAGAAAUGAAAGAGAUACCAUCAGAUGCCAGUCCCUCACCGAAACGAACACAUUUCAUGAAAAAGAAUGCGAAAGGUCGUGACACCAGUCAAAUAAAACUACCACAGGAAAGCAGAUUUUCGAUCAAACCUGCUCUUGACAACUACAUGAGAUUAAAAGGUACUUAUCAAAAAUCACCGAUGUCACCUAGAAGUGUUCUAUACGAUAGUGAAGAUCGCAUAGACGGAACUCCACGAAAGAUAGGAUCGAGAAUGAACAUAACGGUCAAUGCUGCAUAUUCAGAGUCUUUUCUACAAUCUGCUUCAAAGAGAAAGUUCGGACGACAAACAAGCACAGAAAGUCACAGGUCGAGCCCUGUGAGAGAUGUGGCCAAUGUUGUCAAAUUAGCAAACCGAAGGAGAACCGUCUCCGAAGACACGUCUAGGUUAACAGAGCUGAUAACCAGAGAUGACAUAAACAAGAAAAAAUGCAACAAAAUGAAAAACGACAGCAGUUUGACUUUUACAGAAGAACGCACUGAGUUUAUACAAAAUAACGUGUGUGAUAAACUAGUACGUAUGGUUGAUGCUGAGACCCAGUCCGAUAUAUCAACGUCGCCAUCAUCAUCUUACAAACGUAGAGGUCGUUCAAUGUCCCAACGUUGUGAUACCGCACACGAUUCCCAUGCAGAUUACGCUGUGACAAAAAUUGAGCAUGCAACGUCUGAUUCUACGGCCGUGGAUCAGGACCCCGAGAGGCACAUAGGAGAUUUACCUGUUCCUGUAAUUCUAGAUGAUUUAAAGGACGACCUGUCACCUGCUAAGGUGAAGCCGACUGCCUUUACAGUUUGUGCAGUAGUGCAUAAUGUAGACGCUGUGUCGUACCCUUCACAAUCUGGAAAUGUUCAUGACAAUAAUCCACAAACAAAUAGGGACUCAGAAACGGAGAAUCAAAUGAAAAAACAGGAUGUAAAGAAUAACGAUGAUUCGAUAUGCUGUCAGUCAAAUGGAUCAAUAUAUCAUACUAAUGGAACCGAUGAUAUUUUGAUCGAAAAUGAAAGGCAUCAUUCAUCCGUGUCAUAUGGUGAAUAUUUAGAGGGUCGGGAUUAUAGGGAAAGUGGGUGUCAAAAGGUGAAUGGGACAAGUUUGCCCUGUAUGUCAAUGUUAUCGUCCGAGGGACCAAUGUUUGAGAAACACUGUCAGCUCAAUCACGGGAAAGGAAACAUGUCACAUUGCAUUGCGCGGAGACGUUCCUUUCAUAUCAUGUCCAAAUCAAAUCACGAAAACGCGGUUGAAAUUCAAAAUGAGCUCAGUCAAGUGCAAGGAACAUUUAUUGAAAUGGUUCAUUAGAUAAUAUCAGUCUUACAAUCUUAUACAUUUUUAAUGGAAAGCGUUUAUUGGAGAUGUAAUAGUUCAUGUAUAAAUUUGCAUGAUUUAGGUCCAUUUGAUUUUAAGAUAUUUUGGUUGUUUUAGAAUACUGAUUUUCUAAUUUAUUAUGUGUUGUUUCGAAUUGAUACAGAAAAUGUAUGAUACAUUUUUGCCUGAGGGUGCUAAGGUUAUCGUUACCGAACAAAACGUUCUAGUUUUUAAAGAUACAUUUGUAUUAGAACAUAUAAUAACAUGAGUCUGUUUAUCAAAACUGUUUAUAUUACAACAAGUCAGGGAUUCGAUGUCCCCUAUCUUCAAUAUAUUAAUAGACGGUAUACAAUGAGACCACGUUAAUUUGAUCUAUCAGGUAAAACGGGCAAUUAAUACUCCUACAUUCCUACAUACGAAUCUGUUUACUGCUGUGGUCAUGUUUCAUCUUUAAUCUAUUCAGAGAAGGGUUAUACAGCAUAUUUGCUUUCUAGACACAAUUCGUGAGAUUUCAGCGUAUAAUUAUGUUAUAAAAGGAUAUAAUAGCUCUCUCUAUCCAUUCUCUAUCCCUAUCUCUAUUUUCGCGUCUCUUUCCACCUGUAAACUAACCCUUUAUAUCUAUCUCUCUAUCCAACUCUUUAUUCAUCCCUUUUCCACCCUAAUCUUUAAAUAUAAAGAUCUUCAUCCCUACAUGCCCUUAUCAACACCCAUUCGAUCCAUUGCCACGCCUCUGUACCCCUAGGCAUCUUUUCAUUAACUUUACCCACACUUGUCUACGUCUACCCGACCCUCACUGCCCUUAUCCAACCCUGUCUACACUAUACAUCACUCACUAUACUUUUCUCUCUUCCCUUUUCGACCCCUCACUUCCCCCCAUCCCUUCCCACCUCUGUCCAUCUCCUUUACUCUUAUCCAUUCCUCAUUACCCCUAUUCUUUCCCUCAAACAUUUUAUACAUUAUCUGAUAACUCCUUCUUUACCCGAAUCAUCCACUCUAAUCCAUUACCACUCAUACCCCUAAAAGUCGUACGUACUUCAUCUAAAACACAUGUUUACUUUCAAAAUUAACUUGUUAACACCCUUAGGCAGAAACGUGAGAAAUGUGUAUGUUACCGUCAGACACUUUUCUUGUCGUGACAAAAAGGUGUGAGCCAAUUGUGUUCAACCCAUUUUUUUGUUUACAUAUACACGUCUUCCUUUUGGAAGGACUGCCAAAUAUUUGUCUUCUUGUUUGCUGCAUUGAAAGUCGAAUAUUACGUUGUAAAUCAUUGCGUUACGGAAGCUAACGAAAGAUCUGAAUGUAGAUGUUAAAUUCAAACUAGGUAACCAUCAUUUUUCGUUGUUAUUCAUGUCCUUGUAUAAAGUAUUUUUUAUUCAAGACUGAUGCUGCAACCUGAUCAUAUUAAGUCAACCCGCAGUUUUCUUUAUUUUGUUACUGACACCUGUUUCUGCGCGAGGUCCUUACCAUGCGUUGGUAACUCAAACUCAUUUCGAUGCUAAUACAUGUUCCGAAGUAACAUUUGUUAUACACUUUGUUUUACCUUCGGCUUGAUAUGCCAUUGUGUUGAGCUUCUUGACAUUUUUAUAUCUUACCGCUAUGUGAAUGCAACCUGUAACUUAAAAUGUACAUUCGCCAACUGCAUUUUCCAUUUUUUUAUCUAUUUAAAAACUUUACAUGUAUAAAUAUAUAAUUUAAUCUUGCUUGUAACAAGCAUUUUCAUUGACUUAAAAAAAAUAUGUUAUCAGCCCAUAACGUAAAAAAUGACGUCGCCGUUUGAAACGUCGCUUCUGUUUGGCUGAUACUGCAGCGCAAUAAUUUAUAAGAGAAAAGAGUCCAUCAUUAAAAGUGGAUUUUCACAGGGAUUGUGUUUAGUAGAUUAAAUUAAGCGGUUUAUGAUGAGAGUGCACUCCGUUUUUUUGUGUUAUACCUCCAUAACAUGAAAAAUAUAUUCAAGUUAAUCCUUAAAUAUUAUUCCAAAAUUUCCAGAAUAUGGUCAAUAUGUGCCGUUAUGCUUAAAUAUUGCUAAAGGUGUGUUUACACAUAUUUUCAUUGAUAUGUGUAUGUCAGAAAGCAAUGUUGUGAAUUGAACUGUUACAUGAUAAGUUUCCGUUUCUAUGAUAGUUUUGGCGUAGUGGUAUAUCUGUGUGUAUGUAUAUGUAUGUAUAUAUAACUCAGGGUAAAUAUACAGUAAAUAACUGAUUUUAACGAAUACUUAUUUUUGGGAUUAUUUUUACAACGACAUAUUCGCGAAGAUUAUGGAAGUGACAGCAGUCGUUUUAUAUUGUGCCUGCAUCCAUAUUCUCAGUAUAUCUUAAUUCGAGAUAUAUCUUCAUUCGUGAAAUUCUUUUCUCGCGAAUUAACUCUGAAUUGAAUAUCUGAUUUGAUGUUUCCAGAUACUAUACAUGCGUUAUAUGACGAACAUGUUUAGGCUAAACUUUAACACGACAAAUUAGAGAUAUGAAACCUACAAAUUUACAAAGAUCGUGAUAAUUAUCGUUGCUGUUUCAAUAUUACAAUAUUUUUAAUACUAAACCAGUUUUUAGUUUUCAUUCAAAAGGCGUAACCUGCUUGUAAAUUAUUUGACAUUGUAUACCCAGACAAUAUGGAAUGUUACUAUCUUAAUGCAGGUUAUAUGAGCUAUGUUGUUCCGAUCAUACAGUACUGAAUAUGAUGUAAAAGUGACAUCCAGAUUCAUAUAACAUCUGUCGUUAUAUAAUUAAUAUCAUGUUUGUAAUAUGCAUUUCUCGUGUAAUAUUCGUAGCGGCGUAUCUUACGAUAAACUAGAAAUAAAUCAUCACAUAUGUGUCAUUUUUCAGCUAAAAUAACAAAAAAGUUUGUUUGACUCAUAAGAUAAAAAAAAAAUCUUGUCCAUUGUCAAAACUAGUACAAGUGUAUAUUAGGGAGUCAACCACAAAGACAAUGUUAUGUUUAAUAAUACAACUUAAAAUUAGAAUCUUAAGUAUGGUCAUCGGUUGAUUUGUGAAAAUUAGUUUGUUUUGUAGUGUUAACUAUCCAUAAAACGAACCUGUUAUUUAUAAUUGUUUUUUGUUAAUACCAAUGUACAAAGAUGUUAUUAAAAGAUGACAACAGUUAACUAAAUCGUAAUUUCAUUAACAUUCAAACACGUAUUUCCAUGUAAGUCAAACGCCAAUCAUACUAAGACCGUAUUAAAUUUUGAGUUGGUGUGUUUGCACUGAUAAUAACGAUCUGCAAAGUAGUUCAUAUACUUAACAUAAGCAAUAAAACGUGGCAUAAGCAUUUCAUUGACAAGCGUAUCUUAUUUAAUGCGUGUGUUAAUUACCGAUGGUCUGAACACGGAUCUUCGUAUGAUUUUUAAUAUUUGUUUACUUUUCUAAAUAAAAUGAUGACUUGACAAGAUUUUGAUAUUCUUUGUCAGUUUAU